AGACACAUUCGGAGUAUGGAAGUCCCGGUAGGUCAGGGCUAAAAUUAGCCUGCCGCUGCGGCCGACGUGUGAUGUUUUUUUUGCGGGGGGGAUACACGAUCACAGGAGCUGGCAUGACAAGUUUCCCAUGCGUGACAUUUAAGGCGAGGAGUAGUGCUUGUCAUUAAUUGCAUGGAGAGACAGCCGCCGGCACGCAGCGUCGCGUCGCACCUGCAGAAAUGUCCUUUUUAACCAUCCCAAGCCAAGAGGGCCUUUUUAUUCCCAUCAGAAGCAGAGCUCAGCAUGACGACAACGACGACGAGGAAGACGAAGAUGACGACGACGACGACGACGACGAGGGAAACGUUCGCCUGAUCCCAAGAUGCUCCCCGAUCCCCAGGAGGCGAGGCGCGUCCAUCCACGACGAGACUGCCGAGUACCUGCGCAUCCAGGCGGCUCUCUCGCCUGGGAAGCGCGUGUCGUUCGCCGACAUAACCGGCGGAGACCUGGUUGACGUCCGGGAGUUUGUCAACUUCGACUCGGACGACGAAGAGGACUCUGUGAAGUGGGAGGAAGAACGCGCAAAGUACGGCAAGUGCGAGCGAGAACCUGUGUUCCACGUCCACGCGGACACGGAGCCCCCCGGCGGGGACGCGCUGCUGCAGCGCGUGCGCGCGCAUAAAGUGGCCAUAGAGCAGAUCCAGCCCGCGGAGCACGAGCCUCUCGCGUUCCACGGUCUGGUCCGAGUGCUCAAUGUCUCCUUCCAGAAGGCGGUCUACAUCCGGUCCAGCAUGGACAACUGGGCCUCAUACUUUGACCACCCCGCAGAGUACGUCCCCGGCUCCCACGACGGGGACACGGAUCAGUUCUCCUUCAAGUUGUCGUUUGCACCCCCUUACGUCACUCAUGGCUCUCGCAUCGAGUUUGUCGUCCGCUAUGAAACCACCGAGGGGGAUUUCUGGGACAAUAACGGCCGUAUGAACUAUGUGGUCACACUGCUCCUGGCCUAUGAAGAGGAAGAAAAAGAGAUAAACAGUGAGCUGCAAGAGACGAGAGGGAUCCUCAGACCCCCCAAAGAAUACAGUAUUUGCAAUUAUUUUGAAUCAUCACACGACUGGACAAGUGAAGAUGGAUCAGAGACCUCUCCGAGUGAUUGUCUUGAAGCCACCAGCCAUUGAGCGGCCUGAAAUGGAUGCCAAGGCAAGAAGGAUGUUAGAAGAACUGCACUAAAUCUUUAAAUACGAGGACUGUUAUUUUUGAUUAGGAACUUCUUGUGAAUUAAGACAUUUAAGUGCAACAUGAUUAAUGUGAUUGCGCUGUUGUUAACCUCCACCCAAUGUAUGCAUGACUAAUCAGAAUCAUUUUAAUUGGUCGAAUAUGUAUCGCGCAAGUGAUUUGACUUUGACUCUGUUCAAUGCAAUCAAUCAAAGAUUAUUAAGAAGUCCAAAGGGGUAAUGAGAUUUAUUUUGUACAUCUGACCUAGAAGAAAAAAAUGGUUGCCCUUUAGUGGCCAUUUGUAUCAAUAAUGUUCACCUGUGCAAAUGUCAAAAGGCCACAGAUCAAGACCAUUUAAUGCAAACAUUUUAAUAUAAAAUCAACCAAGUUUAAGUGUUUAAAAAAUGAAAAACAAUGAGUAUUAAAAAAAAAACGUCAACCAAUCGGCUCGGAGAGCAACUUACAUGAAAAAUAAAGUUCUGUGUAAACCA